AUGUUCUUCAGGAAAAAGAAGCCUGAAGUAUCAGUGGGACCAGUAAGUCCAGUUCGACCAAUAACAUCAAUUGAAUCAUUCAGUCCAGUUUCUUCAUCAAAAAAUACUUCUUGGCGUCAACAUAUAAAAGAAGUAAACAAUAACAACAAUGAACAUAGAAAACUAUUUGAUGGUUACCGUCCAGUAACACCGAUACAGCCAUUUGAUAUUUUACCUGUUUCAAUUCCACGUAUCGAAAUUGAUAAGGCUAUCAACAAUACUUUUCCAUCACGACAAAAUCAUUGCAACGAUACGUUUUACGAGCAUUCACCGCGAUCUGAUGAUUCCCGUGUUUUAUCUCAAUCAAGUCAUUCCGGUAGCGGUGGCAUAGUACCAUCAGUAAAUUCUAUUUCUGUGUCUAAUUCGAUAGGUCCACUCAAAAAAAUUAUCAAAGAAAGUCGUUGGAUAUCGGUGCAUAAUGGGCAACCGGUCAGUCCUUACGUUAGGACUAUUACGCAAGUAACCUAUGAAGAUGAAAGAUAUUCAUCAAAACAUAUCAGAACAACAAAUUCAUAUGGUCGAUGUUCUCUUUUUAUUCAUAAUCCAUUGUAUAGUGAUUGA